UGAAAAAAAGGAACCCGGCCUCCUCAGAGGAAAGGAAAACUGGUCCAGGUUCAUCCCCCUUGGAAUCUAGUCGUCUUCGUCGUUUUAACGCAUUUUCUCCUCAACUCUUCUCGCAUUCUCGCCCUACCUUAUAAAAAAAAAACGCUCGCCAUUUAUAUUUAACCCUCCCUCUGGAAAUUCUGCACCUCCAAAACAAAUUUCAGAAAUUAUUUUAUUGGUUUUUGUUUUCUUUCCCGUCGAUUAUUUUAUAGCCAUUUGAUGGCUGCAUCAUCAUCAUCGUCAAUCACCCUUCGGACGACUUACAAAUCCUGUUCUUGCCGCUGCUUCCGUUGCUGUUUCUGUCGCUGUUUAUGUUGCUGUCAUUCUUAAUCUCUCUCCCGGAAAACCCCAAAUUUGUUUGUGAAAAAGUUUACUUAAUUUCGAAGGUUGGUUCGUGAAAUUUCCGGAAAUUUUCUCAUUAGGAUAGGAUUCUCGGGAUGGAUUUGUCUCACUCGCAGUCGAGUAAUCUCUCACUAGGGUUUCUAACUCACGCUUCGUCCUCACCGGCACCCGCGUCGAAUCACCGGUCGCGAAUCGUCGAUGAUUCCAUUUCCUUCCAGAUAGAUUCGAACUUUCAGGACCCGUCCCAUCCGGUACCGCAGAUUCCGCUUCAAUUGAUGGAGUCGCAAACUGACAAUCAAAAAGAGCAGAACGGGAAAGGUAAUAGAGAGAGUGAGGAUGAGAAGGAAGAGGAGUUUCGGAUUUUAGGCCAUUCGAUGUGCUUCAAGCGGAAACGCGACUCGGGCGAUUCACAAUCCUCCUCGUCUUCUUCGUUGAAGAGUUCUAGGGGGAGCUCCAACGACCUUGAGUCUCGUAGGAAUGCUGUGAGGGCGUGGGGAAAUCAGACUUUACGAGUGGCCGAUCCUGAUGUCUUUGAGAUACUGGAGAAAGAAAAGCAGAGGCAGUAUAAAGGGAUUGAAUUAAUAGCUUCGGAGAAUUUUGUGUGUAAAGCGGUGAUGGAAGCUUUAGGAAGUCAUUUGACGAAUAAAUACUCGGAAGGCUAUUCUGGGGCGAGGUAUUAUGGUGGGAAUCAAUAUAUUGAUGAAAUUGAAACCCUUUGUUGUGAGCGAGCAUUGGCUGCUUUUGGGCUUGAUUCAGAGAAUUGGGGUGUAAAUGUACAGCCUUAUUCCUGUACCUCUGCGAACUUUGCUGUUUAUACCGGUUUAUUGUUGCCUGGUGAUAGGAUAAUGGGGUUGGAUACACCAUCCGGUGGAAAUUCAAGUCACGGCUAUUAUUUGCCAAAUGGGAGGAAAGUCUCGGGGGCUUCAAUUUUCUUUGAAAGUUUGGCAUAUAAAGUGAACCCACAGACAGGUUAUAUAGAUUUUGAUAAGCUUGAGGAGAGGGCGCUUGAUUUUCGCCCCAAGAUACUCAUUUGUGGCGGGAGUUCAUAUCCUCGGGAAUGGGAUUAUUCAAGGUUCAGACAGAUUGCAGAUAAAUGUGGAGCUGUCUUGUUGUGUGAUAUGGCUCAGAUAAGCGGGCUUGUUGCUGCAAAGGAGAGUGUGAGCCCCUUUGACUACUGUGACAUUGUUACAUCGACAACACACAAAAGUCUUCGAGGUCCAAGGGGAGGUAUAAUAUUUUACAGGAAGGGUUCGAAGCCAAGGAAAAGAGGCAUGCUUUUGAAUCAAGGUGAUGGGAGCGAUAGAUAUGAUUUUGAGGAGAAGAUAAACUUUGCUGUUUUCCCGGCAUUGCAAGGUGGACCGCACAAUAACCAUAUUGCUGCCCUUGCCAUAGCAUUGAAACAAGUGGCUACUCCCGAGUACAAGGCUUAUAUGCAACAAGUGAAAAAAAAUGCUCAAGCAUUAGCAUCUGCUCUAUUGAGAAGAAACUGUAGGCUGGUAACUGGGGGCACUGACAACCAUUUGUUACUUUGGGAUCUAAGGACUCUUGGAUUAACAGGUAAAAACUUUGAGAAGGUCUGUGAGUUGUGCCACGUGACUCUGAACAAAGUUACUAUCUUUGACGAUAAUGGAACUAUCACACCUGGAGGUGUAAGAAUUGGUACUCCUGCUAUGACUUCAAGAGGUUGUCUGGAGGCUGAUUUUGAAACAAUAGCCGACUUCCUUUUCAGAGCUGCACAGAUUGCUAGCUCAGUGCAGAGAGAACAUGGGAAGCUGCCAAAGGCUUUUCUAAAGGGUCUUGAGAACAACAAAGAUAUUAUUGAGCUUCGCACUUGGGUUGAAAGUUUUGCAUCACAGUUUGCGAUGCCUGGUUUUGAUGUAUAAAGUAGUCUGAGUUUGUUUGUUGGUUGGGAAGGCUUUCCCACAUCAGAGGUCUGAAUCUUGCUGUACAUCUUACUGGGGAAAAGACUCUUAUUUCCUGUCCUAGCAAUUGAUUUGGCUCUUGCAUGAUGAUAGAGCCAGUCUUUGGUGCUCAAACCAACCUUGGCAAAAUCACGGUAUGCUUACAUGGUGAAUUCUUGUUGUCAACUGGAGAUACAAGUGUUCGCUUAUGCACCAGUUUGGGUCUUGUGCUGCGAUGUCAACUAUCGUGGAUGGAGCCAGGUUGGUGAUUACAACUGAAACAAUUAUGCACUUGCUGAACUUGCCAUACAUUAAGUUUUUUUUUUUUUUGUUGGGAACUUGAUAUCUAAAUACAUGUUUUGUUACGGAAUGAAAACCCUUUGGUUUUCUUCAUUGUGUUGCCGGUCUCAUGGUUACUUGAGUCAGCUUUUAGGGUAAUUUGUGGUUUACUAUGUUUUGUAGAUGCUAGGAUUAAUUAAUGAUCCACAGCACAAUAUCAUUCUUUGUGUUACUUUUGCAAGGAACGCAUUCUUUUGCACAUUCUGCCUCUGCAAAAUGUUUUGUAUCUCGAGCAGGUUCUGGCAAACCUGUGCUGCA